ACCGUUUGAAGCGUUGUGGCGCUGCAACUCUUCUUGAUAUUGAUAUCCAAUAUGUGCAGUUCGCACCUAAAGGAAUGUACGCAGAUUUGGUUCUGCAUGUCACUACCUUGCUUACCGCGGAGAAUGUAUGUUUGGUGGGGCAGUGGAAACGGUUGUCGAUUGGUGGUCCACCACCACCACCAGCUCGGCAUCUUUGGAACCAGGCCUUGUCUCGACCCACGCCUAAUCUUCUUGAUUUUCAAGCCAGUAACUUGGUUUUUGAGAUGCCCAUUCUUCCUUUCGCUCCUCUUCUAGAGCAUUUGACCGUAGUUGAUUGCUCAUUUGAGAUGGGCAGCACUCUUAAACAACUAAAGACUCUAGCAGGUGACGUGACAAGAAUAAGGAAUUUGGAAGCCUCGCUGCACUCCAAUAGACUUAUGAGUCUCCAACUCAUCGAUUAUCGCCCCUCUUCUCACUUGACAGCUUAUUUUCCUCUUCUGGUAGACCUUUCUGUGGAGGGGCGUUGGACGAACACUAUGGCACUGUGCAAAGGAAUAGCCUUUCAUCAGCUCGUAACACUGCAUCUGGACUGUCUAAUAGCAGAUAUAGGCGAUUAUACAAAGGCAGCCAUGGGAAUGAGAGAGAUUAUAAAGGCUUCCACGAAUGUGGACCAGUUUGAAACGGCGGGCCCUCUAUCCUUGCGUAUAUUGCUACUAUCUCUGCAAGAA